UUUAACUACCUUGCUUCCACCUACCUGGGAGUUCGUGGGUGAAAAAAAGCCGAGAAUCAGAGAGAGAAUCUCCACCUUCAUUAAUUCAGCUAUGGGGUCCGCCACCGCCGCGAAUUCUAACGUUUUCGUCUACGGCAGCCUCCUCGCCGACGACGUCGUUCGCGUCCUCUUAAGCCGCGUUCCUCCUUCCUCCCCCGCCAUCCUACCUGACUUCCAUAGAUUUAGCAUCAAGGGACGUGUUUACCCUGCAAUUCUACCUGUUCAAGAUAAGAAAGUUAUCGGGAAGGUUCUCAUUGGCAUCACUCCUCCCGAACUCGAUAUUCUCGACUCAUUCGAGGACGACGAGUAUGAAAGGAAAACUGUCGAUGUUCUUCUCAAGGAUAGUUCUGAGAAGUUGCAAGCUUACACGUAUGUUUGGCUAAACAAGACUGAUCCGAACUUAUACGGCGAAUGGGAUUUCGAGGAGUGGAAAGUAGUGCACAUGGAUAACUUCUUGAACAUGACAAAGGGUUUCAUGGAAGAAAUCACGGCACCUGAUUCGAAAACGAGGGUUGAAACGUAUGAAUCGUUCUAUCAAGAGAAAGACAAAUAAUCGUGUUCCCAUUUGUAAUUAAUUAUAUGAUCUUUCAACUUAUUUCCAUGACUGUUAUAGUCAUCUGAAUAAAGUUAAAAGCAAAAAUUCACGUCGCACAAGUGAUUUUCAAGGUUUCGGUUUUUUAAUCAACGGUCAAAA